CGCCGGCGCGCUCCGACGUGCCCUGGAACUCACCCGCCCCGGGAGAGCCGCCUGCGGGGACGCGCCGGCCGCGGCCGCCGCUGAGUGAGCGCCCUUCAGGUUCGUCUGGGCGCCCCGCCGCCGCCAAGCAGGGCCAGGAGGGAGCCGCCCCCCCGCGAAGCCGCCGGGCCCUCGGUGAGGUUUAAAUGCUGGAUGUUUAGUUCUUCUAAGUUAAAUAAAAAUAGCUGCAGUGAUCCACAAAGCCACAAUGUGGCAAAGCGUCCUUUCUGAGAGGUGAAUAUUGCUGAGUGAAGAUGGCUGACAGAGGCGGGAAGGCUCUUCCAGGGCCAGUGUACAUCGAGGUGGAGUAUGAUUACGAGUAUGAAGCGAAGGACAGGAAGAUUGUGAUAAAGCAAGGGGAGCGGUACCUCCUGGUGAAGAAGACCAAUGACGACUGGUGGCAGGUCAAGCCAGACGAGAGUGCCAAAGCGUUCUACGUGCCGGCCCAGUACGUGAAGGAGGUGGGCCGCCGCGCCCUGAUGCCGCCGGUGAAGCCGGCCGCGGGGCUGCCGAACCACUCUGUGAAGACGGCGCAGAGUCUCCACCUCCAGAGGUCUUCGGAGAAUGUGAACAGGUUGCCCGAGCUGUCAAGCUUUGGGAAGACAUCCUCGUCUUCUGUUCAAGGAACAGGUCUUGUUCGUGAUGCCAAUCAGAAUUUUGGGCCCACUUACAUUCCAGGUCAGACCAUCAACCUCAGCCUGGACCUGACCCACAAUAAUGGAAAACUCAACAGUGACUCACAUUCUCCCAAAGUUCCUGGCCAGAAUAGGACACGCUUAUUUGGUCACUUUCCCGGUCCGGAGUUCUUGGAGGUAGAGAAACCUGGCUUCCCCCAGGAACAGUCUUGUGAUUCAGCGGGAGAAGGCUCGGAACGGAUCCAGCAGGAUUCGGAGUCUGGCGAUGAGCUGAGCAGCAGCUCCACUGAGCAGAUAAGGGCAACGACACCUCCAAAUCAAGGGCGACCUGAUUCUCCCGUCUACGCUAACCUGCAGGAACUGAAGAUAUCCCAGUCGGCUCUUCCCCCGCUCCCCGGAAGCCCAGCAAUUCAGAUUAAUGGAGAAUGGGAAACUCAUAAAGAUAGUUCAGGGCGUUGUUAUUACUAUAACAGAGGUACACAGGAAAGAACUUGGAAACCCCCUCGUUGGACUCGAGAUACGAACACAAGCAAAGGAGAUUCCCAGAGUCCAGGGGAUCAAGAGCUUUUUUCAUCAGAAGAAAACUACCACAGCAUUUGUCACAGCCAGUCAGAUAGUCAGUGUGGUUCUCCUCCAAGGGGUUGGUCAGAAGAGGUGGAUGAACGUGGGCAUACCUUAUAUACCAGUGACUAUACUAAUGAAAAGUGGCUCAAGCAUGUUGACGAUCAAGGUAGACAAUAUUACUACAGUGCAGAUGGAUCUCGGUCAGAAUGGGAGUUGCCAAAGUACAACGCUUCAUCUCAGCAGCAAAGAGAAAUUAUUAAAAGUCGGAGCCUGGACAGGCGGCUGCAAGAACCAAUAGUAUUGUCAAAGUGGAGACAUAGCACCAUUGUGCUGGACGCCAAUGACAAGGAAUCUCCAUCUGCCUCAAAACCCUGCUAUCCUGAACAUGAGUCUUCUCCCUCUUCACCAAAGCACCAAGAUACAGCCAACAGUCCAAAGGGUCAAGAGAAAUAUGGAUUAUUAAAUGUAACAAAAAUUACUGAAAAUGGAAAAAAGGUUCGAAAGAACUGGUUGUCUUCUUGGGCCGUUUUGCAGGGUUCAUCUUUACUCUUCACUAAAACCCAAGGAAGUAGCACAAGUUGGUUUGGGAGUAAUCAGUCCAAACCAGAGUUCACAGUGGACCUUAAGGGAGCGACCAUCGAGAUGGCUUCAAAGGAUAAAUCCAGCAAAAAGAAUGUAUUCGAGCUGAAAACCCGUCAAGGAACUGAAUUGCUGAUUCAGUCUGACAGUGACACUGUUAUCAAUGAUUGGUUUAAAGUUCUCAGUAGUACCAUCAGUAAUCAGACAGUAGAACCCGAUGAAGCAAUUGAAGAGGAGAUACCAGAUUCACCAGGAAUAGAAAAGCACGAUAAAGAAAAGGACCAGAAGGAGCCGAAGAAAUUGCGUUCUGCAAAAGUAUCUAGCAUAGAUUCUUCAGAACAGAAAAAAACCAAGAAAAACUUGAAGAAGUUUCUUACACGACGCCCCACUUUGCAAGCUGUUCGUGAAAAAGGUUAUAUUAAAGAUCAGGUAUUUGGAGCCAAUCUUUCUAAUCUGUGUCAGAGAGAGAAUAGCACAGUGCCAAAAUUUGUGAAAUUAUGCAUUGAACAUGUCGAGCAAUAUGGGCUGGAUGUUGAUGGGAUUUACAGAGUUAGUGGCAACCUAGCAGUGAUCCAGAAGCUGAGGUUUGCAGUCAAUCACGAUGAGAAAUUGGACUUGAAGGAUAGUAAAUGGGAAGAUAUUCAUGUCAUCACUGGAGCCCUCAAAAUGUUUUUUCGAGAAUUACCGGAACCUCUCUUUACAUUUAAUCAUUUUAAUGAUUUUGUUAAUGCAAUUAAACAAGAGCCACGACAGCGUGUCUCUGCUGUGAAGGACCUGAUCAAACAGUUGCCAAAGCCAAAUCAGGACACAAUGCAGAUUCUGUUCAGACAUCUCAAAAGAGUUAUAGAAAAUGGAGAAAAAAACCGAAUGACCUAUCAGAGCAUAGCGAUUGUUUUUGGUCCCACUCUGCUCAAGCCAGAGAAGGAGACUGGUAACAUAGCGGUCCAUACUGUCUACCAGAAUCAGAUCGUAGAAUUAAUUCUUCUCGAGAUAAAUUCCAUCUUUGGACGCUGACACUUACUGAAGACAACCUGUGGAAUAGAAGCUGGAUUUCAUCAGAUUGCAGAUCCUUGUACCUGACAUAUCUUAUGUUUGGACCAAGCAGUGACUCUUUGAUUUUGCACUUUUCUGAGGGAUCAGAAGGGAACGGAAGAGUCCAGAUGUGUGUUAGGCCCUCAUAUUUGCUGCUUUGUUGCAAGUUGAUAAACCUGUGUGUACCUUUGAAUUAAUUUUAUCCUGAAUGUUUGCAUUUCACACUCUGAAUUUCAGUUAAAAAGAAAAAAAUCAAAACUUGCGAUUCUAACCAGUCAUAUACACUGGAUAAUUUGGUAAGAAUACAUUUUUUUUCUCCUUAAACUGGAUAACGUAGAAUUUCUUCUCAUGAUUUGAUAGGUUCAUUACUUGAUAGAACAACGCUUAGAAUCAGUUAUUUUGAAAACGCUCCUGGGCAUUUAAAACAAAGUGAAGUACGUCUGUUUCGAAACCUGUGUAUUUCUAUUCCAGGGUUUCUGCAUGCGGUGGCAGUCUGAGUGCUGGUACUCAUUACAGCCCAGACACCAUCCCUUGAUGAAGGCUGGCUGUCUUCACUGUGUAACACAGCAGCACACUAAUAGUACUUAAAACACUGUGAUAUACUAGAGUUGAAUUUAGCAUAAGCCAGUUCAGGGUAUUUUGGGGGCUGUCUAUACUAUACUGACUUGUAGCUAACAAUCCUAAUUCUCUCUAGUGCCAUAUUGAGUGCUUGGUAUGACCCUGUGGAGAAACCAACUUUCUUUGAUGUACGUUCAGGCUGAAGACUGUCCUUUAGCUCAUGUAUAUAAUUGUGUUGUAUAGUCUCAGAAUACAUUCUAACCCCUUGUUUCUAAUCAUGAUACUGAUAAUAAUUCUCCAUGAAUAUUAGGUUUCCUCCAGAAACAGGCCGUUAUUUGAGGAAGUUAACUGUGUGCACUUUUAGAUUUUAAUUACAUUUACAGCAAAUCACUGUAAUGCAAAUGGUACUGGAAAAAUGCUGAAUAGACUUGCUAAAUGGUAAAUGCACUACAAGAGGAACCUUUUAGAUUAUUUAAUAUGUACAGAAUACAUUAGAAAAAAAUUUAUUACAGAAUUCUAACUCUGCAGUAUGAAUAGUGGAAACCCAUAUGUAAAUUAGAUAGAGGUCAGAUCGAAAAUGACAUUGCUAAAUCUGAGAAUUUCUUUUUACAUUACUAAUGUAGAUCGGUUUGUAUAAUAAAACAGGGUUUGGAAGGUUUUGUUACAGAGAGCAUGGUCUGCUGAAGAUUUUUUUAAAAUGUAUUUUUCUAGAUUAACUGCUGUAAAUGAAAUGUCUAAUCCGAAUAAAGAAAACUAUAAGAGGUUUAGAGAUUUUUUUCCAUUGGAAAUGUGCAUUUUGGUUUUUAAUUUUGUUUUGUUUUGCAUUUACUGGCACACUUUUUAUAAUACCUCAUUUAAAAAAAAUUCAGUGAAUCCGGUAUUUCCUGUGGCAAAUACGUCUCCCUCAUUUCACGCCUUUCCUGCUCCCCACCACACUAGUGCUCUCUCCACCUGCCCCACGCCCCCCCGCCCCCCCCCCCCCCCCCCCCACCGCCCUCUGUUUCUUCAUCAGUAUUUGAAAGUGAAUGAUUUGUAACCAAGACUCUUUUUCUUAGGAUCACAUUUACAAUUUACAGAUUCAUUUUCUUGGGAACAAAUAUUUUUUGUAUGACCUGUCUAAAAACCCCUCGCCUGAGUUUUGUGGUAAAAGUAUUGUUUGUGGUUGUGAUCUUAUUAAAUUGAUAACAAACUAAGCUAUUUGACAGCAGUGGGAAAGCAGAUUGUCUUGGGCAGGGAGAAAAAUCCCCCAGAUAAGAAUGUUUAUAUUUGCCUAAAGAUGUCCAUAACCAUAUACAGUAUGCCCUAGGCCUGGCCUGUGUAGUGAUUGUAUGCCAGGAAAACAAUUAGAUGCAAAUCAGUGAUGUUCUUUCUCUUGGUAGUUACAACAUAUCAAAGAAUAAAAUUGUCCUGUGUUUCUUGUUUCAAAGUACACGUGUGUAUGUGAAGUCUUAAAUGUUUUAAUAGUCCACAGCUAAUCAGCUUAUUGUAAUAUUGUAUGUACAAUGAGAUCAAUGUCUUGUGUUUUCAUCCUCUGUGAAUUAAAAAUUCUCACUUGUUUUGUCAUAACAAAACCAGUAAUUUUUCCUGUCUCGAUAGCUUGAUUUUUAGUAGAAAAUAUAUUAAAAGCUGAAAUAAAUUGUCAGUGAAAUUUCA